AGCCAAACUACUCGCCUUCCUAGGAAUUACUUGCACGCACCCACUUCUUCCUAUCCUACAGCCGUCUUGCGCAUGAGCUCAAUUCUCUGGAAAAAAUAUUUCAAAUUCCGGUUGCAUAUACCAUCUUAACACAGACAGACUUCAAUGGCAACAUUUGGGUGCAAUGACACUGAUGCGAAGAAAACUGAAGUCAAAAGCUUGCAGGUUCUUAGACCUGUGGGUUCCCAAGGCGGAGGAACUGACGGACUUCCUUAUCUGUACCAUCGACCAAUGCACAAAGGUCUAGCAAAGGCAGAUGAUGAUUAUGUCACCGAGGCAUUCAAACAACUUCCUAUGCCAGAUCAAGAGAAACUUAUAGAAGAACUUUCUAACCAGCUUCAUCAAGAUGUUAUGGUUGAAAAGUUGUUCGACGAGAGUGAAGAAGCUUAUAGACUGAGAUGUUUCACAGAGCUGCGUAUGAAGCUUCCAUCGGAUAGCCGCCAAGGUUUCAAUAACGAAUUUCGCCGGAGAUACUAUUCAAUCAGAGGGUUGCCAUUGAAGCUUCCCUUUAAUAGCUACAAUAGAUUCGAGAAUAAUUACAAUCAUUGUUAUCCUUGCAAUAUUAUAGGCACACUAGUUUCUGGAACAAUUGUUUCUGGGAUAUGUGAAGGAUUUGGUCAGCAGAUCGUUCAACAGAUUUUUGAAGGUAUAGUAGGUGGAAGUGAAGAGUCUUCUUUAACACUGGAGUUCUUCAAGGUGAAAACCCUGGAUUUGCGAGGAGCAAACGAAGUGGGAACCGGUACGACUUCUACAACCACUCGGUAAAAAUAGCAGGCUAUGGAAGGACGUUACAAAUUUGAUCGUGGCAAUCAAAUAGAUAUGGUAGCUUUGGUGAGAAUCUGAGACUGUACUUUUGAUGUUUCUCCUAGAGGUCUUUUGUUGCUCUUAUGAAGCCUUCAGGAUGAUUUUGAUUCUAUCUGUAUGAAGUAAUACCUAUAAACUACUAAUUAUUGUAAGACGUGAAAUAUAUUUAUUGUAACACAGGAUGAGAUUUUAAUUCUAUGAUAAAUUUGUGAUUAUA